GGCAAAUAAUGUCUAAGCCACAGCAAUGGUUUCUCUGGGUUAACAAGACACACACGAUUGUUUAGUUAUUGUGUGUGUUUGUCUUUGAAUAAGAUCAGGUCUCUCCAGUUUUUGUAGCGUCCAUCUCAGAUUCCCACCUCUCUGACACGAAGGCAGGCACAGCAUCCGCUGAGAGUCACUGGCUGGAAGUGAUGACCUCAUAGUCACCCCCACAGUGAGCAUCAGAGGCAGGGCGUGGGCGUGGUGGCAUGAAAAGGACCCACACACCGAGGGGGAAUUCCCCCACCAGAAGAGGUUUCACUCCAAGAACCAUGUAAAGAAUUUGAAGCUGUAAACUUGAAAGAUUGACCAUCUUCCUUUCUUAAGUUGUAUGGAAAUUCUACAAAAAUCUCAACCCUUGGUGGGGCAAGGCUGUCUGAAGGAACAUGGUGAAUUAUUACAAAAUACUGGGGGUACCUCUGAAUGCCUCCUCCUCAGAUAUCAAAAGGGCUUUCCACCAGUUAGCUCUGCAAGUACAUCCAGACAAGAACCCAAGAGACAAGGAAGCAGCAGAGGAGAAAUUCAAGCAAAUAGCAGAAGCCUAUCACGUCUUGUCUGAUGCCAAGAGGAGAAAAGACUAUGACAGGUCUAGAUGGAGCCGUACCAAAGGAGAAAUCAGGGGCAGUGGCCAUACCAAAGGAGAAAUCAGGGGCAGUGGCCAUACCAAAGGGGAAAUCAGGGGCAGUGGCCAUACCAAAGGGGAAAUCAGAGGCGAUGCCAGAGACAAGACCCAUUCGGAGGAAGAACUGUGCUUUCGGAGGCCACACCGCACCUUCCAGAAGGUCACUGAAGAUGAAGACCUCUUUUCAGGAGACAGUUUGUUCUCUGGUCCCAUGGCUCAGUCCAGAAGAGCCUCGUCCCCAUUCUUUAGUGUUACCCCUAUCCUGGACACGGGGUUUUCUACUUUUGUGCCCCUAGGAUCGAGACUGGGUUCUGCUGCCUCUGAGACAUUUGUACCAUAUGUAAGCCAUGGAAUGGGGAAGUUCAAGCUGGUCACCACUUGUUGCCAGAUAGUGAACGGUAAGAAAGUUGUCACAAAGAAAGUCGAAGAGAAUGUGAGAGGACCAAUGAAAACAGAAAAUGAAUGCCUGUUUCGCAAGACACCUUCACGUGGUUGGAAAUUGAUGGAAAAUCCCUGCUCUUGAUGACAAGAAAUGACGUGUUGACAGGACUUCAGUUAAAAUUGGGGCCCGCUCUGAAAAUCUAUGAGUAUCAUGUUAAACCUCUUCAGACCAAGCAUUUAAAGAACAGCUCUUCAUAGUAAAGUGAAACUGAGGUCUCAGUCCUCAAAACAGAAUACA